AUGUUGGACGACUUGCGGACCUUCGACUACCCAGCCCAAGAUGACGACGGGGAGGAUGAGGAGGAUGAUGACAAUGGCGACAAUGAGGAUGAUAAUAAUAUCGGCAGUCGUGAUGACGACCAGGGCGAUGUCCAAGACGACGAGGAUGACGAGGAGGAGGAGGACAAUGACCAUGUUGGCGACGAAGAGGGAGAGGAUGAGGAGAACGACGAGAUUGACGGCUUAGUGAGUGUGUGGCGGCAUGCAUUGGACUUGCGCGAUGUUCAAGGAGGGUCUUGCCAACAGGACUUUUGUGUUCUUUAUCACUACACCCACGAGCUGGCCUUCCGCAAUGUGGCCAACAAGAAGCAGACGACAGCAGAGCUAUUCGCUUCCUUGCUGGACUCGCGCGCCCACUUCGGGAAAGGCGUUUACUGCACGCAGUAUGAGCCAGCUGUAUGGGGCUCCCGCACUCGUAUUUUGCUGAACAACUACAGCAAUUCGAGCCCUUUGCGCGACACAACAGACGCGGAGUCUCAGCGAGUGGAGAAGGAAUGGGGUACCGGCAAUGCUGAAGGCCAUCGUGCAGCCUUCUGUAUUCCGAUUCUAGUCCCAAUGGAGCUCGCAUACAAUAUCUUUGAAAGGCAGACGCCAGACCUCGCGCAGAAGAGCGUGCGCGACGCCGAAACAGGAGAGGAGCGCGGGAUCCGGCUGGGCGAGGACUACAAAGGGCGGCCUGUGGACCGCAACCGGGAUGUCUGGGUUCUGCAGCUGACGAACGAAGCUGGAGAGGUGCAACAUGCCGGCGCCGAAGCAGAUGGUCUGCUGAGGCUGCUAAGGACUCGCCUGUCCAAUCUCCGCGAAGAGCUGGGAGACGACGCAGAGCCGACCCUGGACUGCAUGCAGGAGCUUGGGAGUAGGCUGCAGAACCGCGCCUACUAUGAUGAAGCAGAGAAGCUUUACAAGGAAUGUUUGGACCGCCGCAGGGCCAAACUCGGCGAAAGACACCAAGAUACCCUGGACUCGAUGAGUGAUCUUGCGAGGCUUCUGGAGGAACAGGGACGCUAUCAGGAGGCCGAGGUGCUGGCCCGCAAGGAAUUGGAGGCCUGCCGUGCCAAGCUCGGCAAGCAUCAUCCAAGCACACUGACCUCGAUGAACAACUUGGCUAUGGUGCUGGAGGCACGAGUUAGUUACCGUAAGGGUUUCGGGCCUGCGGAAAUGCGGGCGCGGGAGGCUUUGGGCUUGGGACUCUCUGUGCACUCUAGUUACUCCUAG